AUGUCCGAUCGAUUGUGCAUUGCUUCAAAUGAGAAAAAUCAGACGCUGAUAUCUGAUACUGACAUCAUGUCCUGCUGCGGAUGGUUUUGCGGUGACGGAUGCGAUGGAGGAUACGCGAUGAGCGCAUGGAGUCAUGUGAUCAGAAAAGGAGCUUGUACUGGAGGAUCAUACGGACAGAGGAACGUGUGCAAACCGUAUCCUUUUCGUCCAUGCGGACAUCACACAAAACACCCAAUUUACGAGCAAUGUCCGAAAGAACGCCAGUCUACACCAAAAUGCAGUUCCAAGUGUUCACCUGAAUAUAAUAAGACCUACAAAGAAGACUUGAUUCAUGCGAAAAAAGCUCACUACUUGGAGACGAGCGAAACAGAAAUUCAAAAAGAGAUAAUGGCGAAUGGACCUGUACAAGCUACUUUCAAAGCUUAUACAGAUUUCCUCACAUACGAGAAAGGAAUUUACAAGGUAAAUAUAAUUUUCUGUUCGUUGCGUAAUUUCCCGUAAUU